AUGGCCAAGCCCUCCAAAUUGCAUAGACAAUUACUAAACACACUGGUGUUGAAUGGCAACAAGAUGACAUAUAAAGAGCCCAGUGCAUUGUGGAAGGCAGAGUUUUGCACAGCCAUUCUGAUAAGGCGAACCUUUAUAAGCCAAGCUGUCGGGGCAGUUGCUCCGCAGAACCUGUUCCACAGGAAGAUGAACCCGCAUCUCAAAGCAAUGAUCUUCGCCUUGUCAUUCUUGACAACCUCAGCAUAUCCACUCCAUCGUGAUGCCACCAGCAGAGAGGCGGCCUGGGCUGAUUCAAAGACCAACCAGGCUCGCGACAAGAUAGAGCUCACCAAAGAUGUAGAUAAUUCCUACAAGAGCGACAUCUUCAGCAGUGACCUCUACACCCGGGAGGAUGACUCCAACAGAAACUCAAUGGCCCAAGAGAUGCAGCACAAACUCACCGUGGAGUCUGAGCGUCUUCAUGCCCGUUUGCGUCAGGAGCUUGCCGAGCUGAGGGAGAGGCUUUCUCCAUACCCAGCCCACCCAAGCUCAGCCCUUGUCAACAUGAGGGAGCGCUUGGCCCCCCUCACCGAGCAGCUCCAGAGUUCACUGAGCAGCAACAUCCAGGACCUGUGUGGCCAGCUGACCCUUUAUCUGCAAGGCCUGGAAACGGAGGAGGCUCAGACAGAGGCCGGACCAGCUCUCUACAGGGAAGCCUUCCAAUGGAUGAGCCAAACGCUGGAGCACAGCGGAUCUAAGCUGGCAGGUAUCAUUGGUGACUUCCAGACCAAAACAUCCGGGGUGAUCGAUCAGCUGAGAGAGAUGACUGCUGAUGAGGGAGAGGGAGCUGAGUGGGGGGAAGUGAGCACCAGCUUGGGACAGGAAGUGAGUUCAUUUAGGCUGGAGGUGCAGGGCAGGGUGGAGGCUCUCAAAGCUGAGCUUACUGCUUUGUUUGUAACUGCACAGCCUCUGAAGGCAGAAAUCACAGCAAGCAUGAAUCGGUUCUGCCAAAGUACAGCUUUGCAAAGCCAAGUGUUUCAGGCCCGGAUAGAGAGGCUUUUUCUGGGGCUAGAGGAGGGGGAGGGCGUCCAGGUAGCUCACAGCAUGCCUGUUUCCUCCUCCUCCUCCUCCUCCUCCAUACAACCGGGCGGCUCUUUACAGGAGGACUUCUCUACCAAACUCUCCGCUCUCAUCCAGGACAUACUGCAUUCAGUCCAGUAA